UUGGUGGACCACGCUGUGCGAAUGAGUGAUUGAUGCCAACUUCGCUUCUUCAGGGCAGAAUGGGUGUGUGUCCCCUGCUCCUGCUGCUUGGUGUAGCCCUCAGGGCCUCAGCCCAGGACCAUGUCCCCAUCACAAGUCCUCCGAAUAUCACUGCCAAACCCACAGACCCCCCUGUCGCACCCUCCCUCAACUUCACAGUCGCACCCGCGCCAGCCCCUGAGGGCCCACCCACCACGCUCGCCCCCACAGUCAUACCGCCAACGACAAUAACAACGACAACGACAACAACAGCUGCCACCACGACCACAAACCCAGCUGGAGAUGAGGACGAACAGCCCGCCGGUCCCAACUCCACCGUACGAGUGUUGCCAGUCCCUCCUCCCCCACCUCCAGCCCCUACCGAUGCCCCUCAGCCACCACCAAGCAGCGAGCCUCCCCCUCCUCCCACCCCGGCAGGGGGAGAUAACGGGACCACAGCCUCAACUCCAGACACCCCAACUCCAGACACUUACAUUGAUGAGGAUAUAUUUCAUGUGGAUGAUGAGACCACCAUGGAACCGAAGCAUGACUUCACAUCAGACAGCACUCCAAAUGACAACAACCAGUCUGAUGACAUGCCAAUCAUAGCUGUGAUGGUGGCUCUGUCCUCCCUGCUGGUCAUCAUCUUCAUCAUCAUCGUCCUCUACAUGCUCAGGUUUAAGAAAUACAAGCAGGCAGGAAGCCAUUCGAACUCCUUCAGACUGACCAAUGGCAGAUCGGAUGAUGCAGAAUUCCAGUGCGUGCCACUAUUGGCUCGCUCGCCCAGCACAAACAGGAAGUACCCGCCCCUUCCCGUCGACAAACUUGAGGAAGAAAUGAACCGUCGCAUGGCUGAUGACAACAAGCUCUUCAGAGAGGAGUUUAAUGCACUGCCAGUCUGCCCCAUCCAGGCAUCAUGUGACGCUGCUUCCAAAGAGGAGAACAAGGAAAAGAACAGAUACGUCAACAUCCUGCCAUAUGACCACUCCAGGGUGCAUCUCUCAUCCCUGGAGGGAGUCCCCGACUCUGACUUUAUUAACGCCUCCUUUAUAAAUGGUUACCAAGACAAGAAUAAGUUUAUUGCAGCUCAAGGGCCAAAGGAGGAAACAGUAAAUGACUUCUGGCGGAUGAUCUGGGAGCAGAACACAGUCACCAUUGUCAUGGUGACAAAUCUGAAGGAGAGAAAAGAGUGUAAAUGUGCUCAGUACUGGCCGGACCAGGGCUGUUGGACAUAUGGCAACAUCCGUGUGUCUGUAGAGGACACAAUGGUUCUGGUGGACUACACUAUCCGCAAGUUCUGCAUCCAACAGGUUGGAGACGUCUCUGGGAAGAAGCCUCAAAGGCUCAUCACCCAGUUCCACUUUACCAGCUGGCCAGACUUCGGGGUGCCCUUCACCCCCAUCGGCAUGCUCAAGUUCCUUAAGAAAGUCAAAGCGUGCAACCCCCACUAUGCCGGGCCCAUUGUUGUUCACUGCAGUGCGGGUGUUGGGAGGACCGGUACCUUCAUCGUGAUCGAUGCCAUGUUGGACAUGAUGAUCUCGGAGAGGAAGGUGGACGUGUUUGGCUUUGUCACCAGGAUAAGAGCCCAGCGCAGUCAGAUGGUCCAGACUGAUAUGCAGUAUGUUUUCAUCUUCCAAGCAUUGUUAGAGCACUACCUAUACGGAGACACAGAGCUAGAAGUGACCUCUCUGGAGUCCCACCUGGCCAAACUGUAUGCCCCGUCACCUGGAGCUGGCUGCAGUGGUCUGGAGGCUGAAUUCAAGAAACUGACAUCCAUCAAGAUUCAGAAUGACAAGAUGAGAACAGGCAACCUUCCUGUGAACAUGAAGAAGAACAGAGUCCUACAGAUCAUUCCAUAUGAGUUCAACAGAGUGAUCAUUCCAGUCAAGCGAGGAGAGGAGAACACCGACUACGUCAAUGCCUCUUUCAUUGAUGGCUACCGUCAGAAGGACGCAUACAUGGCGAGCCAGGGGCCCCUGCAGCACACCAUAGAGGACUUCUGGAGGAUGAUCUGGGAGUGGAGAAGCUGCUCCAUAGUCAUGCUCACUGAGCUGGAGGAGAGAGGGCAGGAAAAGUGUGCUCAGUAUUGGCCCUGUGAUGGAGCGGUGGUCUAUGGGGACAUCUCCAUUGAGAUAAAAAGGGAGGAGGAGAGUGAAAGCUACACGGUCCGUGACCUCUUGGUCACCAACAACAGGGAGAACAAGGCUCGGGCAGUGCGGCAGUUCCAUUUCCAUGGCUGGCCAGAGGUGGGCAUCCCCACUGACGGUAAAGGCAUGAUCAACAUUAUUGCUGCGGUGCAGAAACAACAGCAGCAGUCUGGCAACCACCCCAUCACUGUGCACUGCAGUGCUGGUGCUGGCCGGACGGGGACUUUCUGUGCAUUGAGUACAGUUCUGGAGAGGGUAAAGGCAGAAGGCAUCCUGGAUGUCUUCCAGACAGUGAAGAGCCUGAGACUGCAGAGACCCCACAUGGUGCAGACACUGGAGCAGUACGAGUUCUGCUACAAAGUGGUCCAGGAGUAUAUCGAUGCUUUUUCUGACUACGCCAACUUCAAGUAGGGACCUGCCAUGGAUGGAUGGAUGGAUGGAUGAAUGGAUGGAUGGAUUUCCACAUACACUUCAUGCAAGCAUAUGCACGCACCAGAACACACACAUACAGUACAUUGCCAUGCAGAAAGCUGCAUAUUUCUAUCUGAUGGAUCUUUUAAAAAGACUCAUCACAACUUGAUCUGCGGACGGGAUGAACUGCCCGGUGGAAAAGGGAACAGAGGUCUCCGCCCGAAGGACAGGGCAGCGCAGCGCAGUUGGACACAGAAAAUAACUGAGAUGCCUUCUUGAAUAUUUUGUAAUGUUGUUAAUACGGCCCUUCACCCCUAUUUUGCUUUCCAUCUUCACUCCCCCCCAUAUGUAUAUAUACUUACUGUGUUGCAUUUUAUUGCUUUGGUUUUAGACACAAUUUUGAGUUUGGCUGCAUUUUCGGGUGGCACCUGUAAUGUAUUUUAUUGGUAUAUAUAUAUAUAUAAAUAUAUAAAUAUAUAUGAAUAUAAAUCUAAUGCUUUGAUGGCUAAUGUACAACAUCCAGAGUCAAGGUAAUGAUGUUUGGAUUUCUUUCUUCUUUUUUUUUUUACUUUUUAGGGACAGAGACUUAAAACAUUUUUUGACUUUGCCUGAGCCACAGUGUAGCGACGUGUGUGUGGUAGCAGAAGUUUCUACAUUCACCGACAAACCCGGGACUGUUUUUCACUCGCAGACAUUCAUACACAUACACAGUCCAAGUCAUUUGUCUUUACACAAAAGUCGGUUGCAUCUACUUGGCAAAAAAAAAAAACCUUGCAAUUUCUCUCCGUAACGUUUAUGGGGUUUAAGGGUAACUCACGACUGGAGAACACACGGUCUCUGUGAUGUAGCUCAUAGUCUCAGGUUUUUACACACAAACAUACACACUAAAUACCAGGAGCCAUUAAUUAUUUUUGGAGCAUCUGUGUGUGUGUUUGUUUGAACUGGAGCAUAAGCUGGCAGAGAAGACUCGGUGUGUUUUCACAUCUCCCCAUCUUCUGUCUGCCGAGUGCCAAAGUCCUCCACUCAUUUGGUUAUGUAGCUGUGGAGUCUGAGAAACUCCACCAACCGCGUUCAGACACUCAGAAGAAGAAAAGCCGUUUCACUGUCCGAGGAUCAGUAAUUAACACACUCCUGGAUUACAACAGGAAUUUUGGAAAGUUUAAAAAAAAGAUUUUUUUUCACCCCAUACAGUCGAGAAAAAUGAGUGUUUUCUGAAGAUUUUGUCUUAUAUUCUAAGGUCUGUUACAGCAUCAGCAGCAGCAGUGUUGAUCAGGUUAACGAACCAAAUUACAAACAAUACAAUUAACUCCAUUACUGCAGCAUAGAAAUCAACGUGAUCAGGUUGAUUUUGUCUACUCCAUACCAUAGAAAUCAACGACUCCCACGCGCCCAGCUUCUUUCUUUUUCUUGUUUACAGACACACAUCAGUAUUUCAUGUAGAUUGUAUUGAGUAUUUCGUUUCUGUUUGGGUUUCCUUUGAGUCUGCUGGGAUUAACGGUCAUUUCUCUUUUUUUUUUUUCUAUAUUGUCACUAUGUCGUACGGUCGCUCCUUUUAAAGAAUGAUUCCUCUUUUAUUUCCCACCAUGAAUACUGAUGCCGAAGAAUGUUUCUUUUUAUUCAAAUGCUGUUGCUAACAUAUUCCUCAACAACGGAUACAUUGUUACUUUCAUAGAAGAGGUGUGCCAUUUUGUUUGCUCUGAUAUUCUUAUUUUUUUUAAACAGAUGUCCUGUGAGGACCCUCAGACUUGAACUACAGUGUUUUUAUUUUUUUUUGUUUCGUUUUUUAAAUCUUAUCCGGGGUCACUAUUGAGGCCGUGCCCUUUGUGAUUGUAAUAAAAGAUACAUGAUGUCAGUUAACCGCAGGGCUUUAGGUCAGUCCUAAUUUCAACUCAGUCAGCUCAGGAAAUGACUGAAGCCAGGAUUGUUUAAAUUUACAAAUUGAAGAAUCUCACCUUGUGUUUUAUCGCCACGAGUGGUUUUAGCUCCCAACACAGUGGGGUGAGGGGAGGAGGGGGCGCAGAUAUUAUCCCUUAGCUGGAUUUUAAUAGACUUUAUUGACAUGAUAUUAAAAAUAUUUUCUUCUAGGAAUUUUACUUCAAUCUUUCUUUAUGUCAAACUUUGACUGAAAAAAAAUCACCCACACUUGUGCAUAAUUCACGUUACACUAACACUCCCGUAUGUCGUUACUUUAAUGAAAGGAAGGAGCACAAUCAGAUUUAAUUUAUUGAUGGUAGUUGUCACUCAAACGUACACGCUGAACUUUGAGGAGGGGGGGUGAUUGCGUCAAUGUUGAUUGUUUGAACACUCAUGCACUAUUUGCACCAAAAGCAAAGCCCUUAAAAGUACAGAGCCAAAUAAGAGACGAGGUCAGAAUGAUCACAUUGGCCUUGAUUUGAGAAUUCUAUUUGAACUCUGGAGCAGCUCUUUUUCAGGUCUCAAAGCCACCGGGGGGGUUAGGCCUCCUGUCAGGCCCCCCCUGUGUGGACUUCAAGUAGCAGAUGGUUUUAAUUGACCAGUCACUGAAUUUGAUGGCUGUUUUGUGCAUCAUUAACUUCAUUUCAGGUCUUCUUUCGUUCCAAAGCAUCACAAGUGCCCGCACUAUUAGUUAUGUGCCAUUAUGUUCCUCAUUUAUUUACAUUGUCACUUACUGGGUCUUUAAUUAUUAGAGGAGGGGACGCUUAGCUAUUCUGUCUGUGCUUAAAUGACAUUGUUUUUAAUGUGUGUGUGUUAGCAUCGUGUGAUUUGCAAUGUCUCACUGCAAUCUGAAAGCAAAACAUGACACUGUGCCAACCCACGAGACCCACUAUUGAUGAUAACUUAACAAAAUAAAAAGAAGUGCCUCAGUGGUAGGUUUGCAAAAACGAAUCAAUUCUCCAAACUUUGUCUGAAAUAUGUGGUGGAACCGUUGUCAUCCUUUACAUUUCUUAACCCACCUGCAUUUUCUCAUCUAUCAUCUAAUCAGACUAAUGACUUUUUGUCUGGCGAACGGACACCAGGACUGGCUCAGUCAUCUUUGCUUUCACAUUCCCUCUAGUUACACAUAAAUGUGGAUUUCUCGAUUUGUGCAGCUCAGACUAACACUGGGGCCCCUCUCUAUUGAAUUCCCUUUAAAUUUAAUGGCUUCAUUUCAUUCCAUAUCAGAUGAAUGUGGGCUCCAUGACAACUAAUCAGUCGUGGAUGCCUAAAUGUCCCCCCCAAAAAAUCGCAUCUUUUCUUACCAAGGGAAACCGAUUGUCCCUGUUUUGUCCCUUUAUUCCUGGAGCUUUGCCCCCAGUGGGGUGUUUUAAAAGCCCCAGCAAAAUCAUAAACUUCUCCAAGCCUAGAAAGGGAGACUGCAGAAAACUAGAGUUCAACUUCCCUCUUCUUGCUACCUUUAUGUGUCUUUUCUGUCUCUUUUCCAGCUCCACUCACUGCUGUCCACAUAUUGCUUUGUUUCCCUCUUUCACUUUGUCCUUGGACCAUUUCCCCCCAGUGGUCAACGCCCACUCCCCUUUUGUACAUAAUGUAAGGUUAUUUAUAUUUCAUUCCUGUCUGCUGCCUUGCUUCUUUUUAUUUUCUUCUCCCCCUUUUCUUCUGUUUAAAAAAAAUAAAUAAAUAAAAAAAAAAGAUGUAAAUUGAACUGUAUCGGGACCAUUUUGAAAUGUAUUACAGAUGUUUUGUUUUGGCCAUUUUUAAUUUGGUAUAAUUGUCUUAAGCAAAUCCUAUAUUUUAAUUUGCCUAAGUUUGUUUCUAGUGUUUUGUUAUUCAACAUUUGAAUAUAUGUAUAUAUAAUUAUAUAUAUGAUAAAAUUAUAUAUAAUUAUAUAAUGCCAAAUGGCCUUUCUAAGCAAGAUACUGUUCAAACCUAAUAAAGUGCUUGAGAUUUUAA